GCGCGGGGCCCGGGCGCGGGGCGCAGCGCGGGGCGCCGGGAUGGCUCCGGGGCGGGGAGCCCGGGUGGCGCGGGGCGCACGCGUCGAGCCGCGCGCACGGGACGGCGGUGUCCGGCAGAGCGGCCCGAGCCCUGCCCGCGGGAGGAGCGCACCGGGUUGGCGCGGCGGGUUAGCCAUCCGAAGCGAUGGGCGACUGGAGCUUCCUGGGGAGACUCCUAGAGAACGCCCAGGAGCACUCCACUGUGGUCGGCAAGGUCUGGCUGACCGUGCUGUUCAUCUUCAGGAUCCUGGUGCUGGGGGCCGCGGCCGAGGAGGUGUGGGGGGACGAGCAGUCGGACUUCACGUGCAACACGCAGCAGCCGGGCUGCGAGAACGUGUGCUACGACCGCGCCUUCCCCAUCUCGCACGUGCGCUUCUGGGUGCUGCAGAUCAUCUUCGUGUCCACGCCCACCCUCAUCUACCUGGGCCACGUGCUGCACCUGGUGCGCAUGGAGGAGAAGAGGAAGGAGCGGGAGGAAGAGCGGCUGAAGGCCGACGGCCCGCCCCUCGGGCAGGACAGGCCCCCGGUGCGCGACGACCGGGGCAAGGUCCGCCUGGCCGGCGCCCUGCUCCGCACCUACGUCUUCAACAUCAUCUUCAAGACGCUGUUCGAGGUGGGCUUCAUCGCCGGGCAGUACUUCCUGUACGGCUUCCAGCUGAAGCCGCUGUACCGCUGUGACCGGUGGCCCUGCCCGAACACGGUGGACUGCUUCAUCUCGCGGCCCACGGAGAAGACCAUCUUCAUCCUCUUCAUGCUGGCCGUGGCCUGCGUGUCCCUCUUGCUCAACAUGCUGGAGAUCUACCACCUGGGCUGGAAGAAGCUGAAACAGGGCAUGACCGACCCUUACCGCCCGGACACUCCCGGCUCCAGCGUGAGGGCCGCAAAGCCUGCGUGUGAGCGGCCCCUCCUGCUGCCCUCCCACUCCAACCCACCCGCCCUCACCAUCGGGUUCCCGCCCUCCUACGCGCCCUCGGCCUCUUCCCUGGGGCAGGCGUCGGCCCCAGGCUACCCCGAGCCCCCUCCGCCGGCAGCCCUGCCCGGGACCCCCGGCAAGGGCCACCCGGUCGGCUCCCCCGGCGGCCACCAGCACCUGCUCGCGACGGCGCCGAACUGGGCCGGCCGGGAGGCCGAGCAGCAGACUUCUGCCGGGAAGGCCUCCCCGCCGUUGUCCGCGCCCGCAGCCCCGAAGCCCCCGGCCGGCCCCCAGCAGCCCCCUCCGGAGGGCGGGGCGGGGAGCUCGGGCGACAGCGACGGGGAGGGGGCGGUGACUGCCGUGGAGCUGCACGCGCCCCCCGAGCUCCCCGCAGACCCCGGCCGGUCCAGCAAGGCCAGUAAGUCCAGCGGCGGCCGGGCCAGGGCCAGUGACUUGGCCAUCUAGCCGUGCCCAAGACCAGGGGGCUCACACCGGCGGUGGAGCCUGGAGGCGGGAGGAGGGGGCGAGCGAGGGUCGGGCUCGUGUGUCAGUGCUUGCUGUUCCUAACGCUGGGAGGCAGUGGGGAGCGCGUCCGAGGCAGGGAGGGGGCGCAGGGGCGGGGCCGCCAGAGAUUCUCCCAGCAGCCCCCGCGCCCAGCAGCCCGGCCGCCUCCGCAGGUGCUGCGGUCUCCGCGGGGCGCUGUUCUGUGGUGGGAAAGCAGGGGUGUCUGUGGCAGGCAAUUCGGUUUUCCUUUCCUACGCCCCCAUCCCCGCCCCGGAGCCUCUGGACGGCCCAGCAAGUCUAGAUGCUCUUAGCCUUAUCUCUGUGUGAGACUUUAACUUAGAUUUGAAUUUCAUUUGGGAUAUUUGCCAAACCGCACUAAAAAAAGAUUUUGAGCAAGUCCAUGUAGCGUCACUGAGUUUCUGAACCGGCAUGUGAAGCCCAGGAUAUCAAGCCACACACUUCAUGACAAGUGACAGGAAGCAGCCGCCCAUCAGAGGCAGAGCCGCGGCAGGGGGAGAGCAGACCCUUGAGAUAAGUCUGAACAGCCGAGGAAACCGAGUAAAAGUGUGGCCGGUAUGCCUUAGGUAUUUAUUUUUUAAAUGACAUUUUGUGCUUUGAUCUGAAUCGUACAGGUAAGCCUAUUUCCCCCACUUUCUAUCUUUCAGGAAAAAAAUGAAAGAAAAUAAAAGUAUUAAAAUGGA